AUGCCGACCGGCAUCUCGAUGGGGUCGAUCGUCGACCUCGACACGGCCACCCUGCACAUCCCCGACAUGGUCCGCACAGACGAGUACGGCCUCCGCUCCAGCGUGCCCGGCAAGUCGAUCCCUCCCAAGACCGUCAUCGAGAUUGGCAAGCCCCUCGAGCAUUCCAAGAACGGCUCGGGCAAGUUCACGCUCAAGCGUUUCGAGGCCGGCUUCUACGUCUGCAGCUGCCCGGCCUGGCUCUACAACCAGGAGAGGGACAAGUUCCGACGCUCUUGCCCGCACCUCUCCGAAGUGCUGGGCGACGAGUACGAGGAGGAGCGCGUCAGGGUGGCAAAGGACGCGCCCAGCAGUGUCUGGGAAGACAAGGGCAUCACCAGGAGGGCCUCGGGCAGCACCGUCGCCUCGAGGAUGGCCCGUGCCAGGAGCAUGCUCGAUGAACAGCUCCAGGAGGCUUCUCAGAAAGACCAGGGGGCGAGCAAAGACUGCGACGGUGGCGUUAGCAAGGCCGUCGACAACGCGGACAAGGCCCCUGCCGACAAGGCGAGCGAGACCACCUCUGCCGAGGACGCCGCUGCGUCAGGAGUCGCAGCCUCGGCGUCGUCCAACUCCAAGCGCCCCGCCCCCGUCGGUCAACAGGACGACAGCGAAACCGAGGACGAGUGGGAGCUCGUCAAGCCCGUAGCCCAGGCGCCUGGGCCGAGCAACGCAGCAGCUCGCACGCCCGAGGCGCCCGAAGCCGCCGCAGGCGUGGGCAAAGCCUUCUCGUUCCCCUGGGAGCAGCCUUCGCCGUCGAAGAAGGGUCGCAACGGCAAGGCAGACAAGAACGAUGACAAGGUCAAGCUGCUCCUCGGCCAUUCUUGGGUCCUGAACGCCGAUCCGAAGAAGCCGAAAUCCAAGCCGAUGGACCCGUCGGGCUGGUGGGUCAGCGAAAAGCUCGAUGGUGUCCGCGCCUUCUGGGAUGGCCAGCGCCUCUUCUCGAGGCAGAACCUCGAGUGGAAUGCACCUACGUGGUGGAAGGACCAGCUGCCCAAGGACCUUGCGCUCGAUGGCGAGCUGUGGAUGCGACGCGGCGAGUUCGAUCUCACCUCGCAGAUCUGCCGCACAACGCGCUCGUCCGAGUGGCACAACAUCAAGUACAUGGUGUUUGACGCGCCCUCGAUGGACGGCAAGGUGGUCGAGGACCGCUGGGCGGAGCUCAAGAAGCGCUUUGGAUCGACCGAGGGCAUCGACAUCGACCAGCUCCAGGGCGCUGUGAUCCGACUGGUCCACCACGAGAAGUGCGUCGACCGAGACCACCUCGUCGCGCUCCUCGAAGAGGUCAACGGCAAGGGCGGUGAAGGCCUGAUGCUCCGCCGUCCGGGGUCGUUCUACGAGUUCAAGCGCAGCAGGACCAUGUACAAGCUCAAGUCGUUCUACGACGCCGAGGCCAAGGUGGUCGACUACGUCGAGGGCGAAGGCCGCAACGAGGGUCGAGUCGGAGCACUCGUCGUCGAGAUGGAAAACGGCCUCAGGACCCGCAUCGGGUCGGGCCUCAACGAUCGACAGCGUGAGAACCCGCCGCCGGUGGGCACCAUCGUCAGCUACCGCUUCCAGGAGAUUACCCAGACGGGACACCCGCGCUUCCCCAGCUUCCGCGGCGUGGCCCACGACAAGACGCGCGCAAAGGACGCCAUAGUGCGCCCCUCGUCGAUCGUCAAGGUGCCCGAUGACACCUGA